AUGAGUCCAGCCUGUGGCAUGCUGCUGGUGGAGACGCCCCUGUUCGAGUCAGCACUGUUCCAGGAGCUGGACUGUAGUAGCAACACCCAUGUCCUCUCCCCCAUCUCCCCCUCCCAGCCUGGGGAAGGCCUGGUCCUCAGGUCGCUCUGUACAGCUGACUUCAACAGGGGAUUCUACAAGAUGUUAUCCCAACUCACAACUGCCGGGGAUGUUACUCCAGAGCAGUUCAUCAGUAAGUACCAACCAAUGCAUAUACUGUAUGAUGCCUCAGAUAUGGCAAGUAAUUUGACAGGUUGA